GACCCCUCUUCACACGGAAGUGCUUUUGGUUUCGUUUUUCUAUUUGGGUGUCAGUUCUGGUGGAUCUUCGUCAGUAAAAACCCCUCUGUACUCAAAACCUGGCCACAACGGACCAUGGACAUUAUCUGCUGCUGAUCCAAAACAUAGAGCUGCUUCAGAAACACUUGGACAAGGAGUCAGGUGUUGUGUGUGUGGACCAAUAGACCAGUAGGAUGGCAGACUUUGGGCUGUAUGGGUACCAGGAGGAGGUGGUUCAGAGGGCUCUCCGAGGGGAGAACAUCAUCAUCUGGCUGCCCACCGGAGGAGGAAAGACCCGGGCUGCUGUAUAUGUGGCCAAAAAACAUCUGGAGAAUAACCCUGGAGCUAAGGUGGCCGUGCUGGUCAACAAGGUUCAUUUGGUAGACCAGCACUACAACAAAGAGUUCAAACCCUACCUGGGUCGGGACUAUAGCCUGGUGUCUAUCAGUGGGGACUGUGACCAGAAGGACUUCUUUGGCUGCGAGGUCAAGAACUCUGACCUGGUCAUCUGUACAGCACAGAUACUGGAGAAUGCCCUGACCAACCAGGAGGAGGGAAAACAUGUCGAGCUCUCACAGUUCACUCUGCUGAUCAUUGAUGAGUGCCACCACACUCAUAAGGACGGUGUCUACAAUAAGAUCAUGGGGCACUACGUGGCGCAGAAGCUGAAGGGGGAGAGCCGGCUGCCACAGAUCCUGGGCCUCACUGCCUCUCCUGGGACAGGGGGAGCCAAGAGCAUCAAAGGAGCUGUGGGGCAUGUGCUGCAGAUUUGUGCCAACCUGGACUCAGUGAUUGUGUCGUCUAAAGUGUAUGCCCCUGAGCUGAAGAAAAAGGUCCCCAGACCCAGGAAAAGGUUUGACAUCGUUGACAGAAGACCUCAGGACCCAUUUGGGGAUCACCUGAAGUUCAUGAUGCAGUUGAUCCAUGACUUCAUGGCCUUAGGGCCUGACUUUCCUGUCAGGGAGUUUGGCACGCAGGAGUACGAGGCAGACGUGGUGAUUCUGGAGAAGAAGGGUGUGACGGACAGGAACAGACUGCUGGCCCAGUGUGCUCUCCACCUGCGUCAGUACAAUGACGCCCUGCUCAUCAACGACACAGUGCGCAUGGUGGAUGCCUUUAGGGUCCUAGAGGCCUACUAUAGCACCAAGAGUUCCACUGCCAUGGAUGGAACCGACUUCUUCCUGCUUGGACUCUACCAGGAGAACGAGGUGGAGCUGAGGAAACUGGCAGGCGAUGACCGGUUUGAAAACCCUAAGAUGGGGAAGCUUCAGAGCACCCUGCUGGAGCAGUUUGACCAGGGUGAGCACUCCAGAGGCAUCCUCUUCUCCAAGACCCGUAAAAGCACCCACUGCUUGUAUGACUGGGUGUCCAAGAACCCAGCCCUGCAGCGCGCUGGUAUCAGGGCAGCCAUUCUGACCGGCGCUGGCAACGGCAUCAAUUACAUGACCCAGAAUGAGCAGAAGGACACAAUCAGCCACCUCCGCCAGGGCUCCCUCAACCUCCUGAUCUCCACCAGCGUAGCCGAGGAGGGCCUGGACAUCCCAGAAUGCAACCUUGUGGUGCGCUAUGGGCUGCUGACCAAUGAGAUCGCACAACAGCAAGCCAGUGGCCGGGCUCGGGCAAGUGACAGCGUUUACUCUGUGGUGGCCCAGGCAGGGGGGCGGGAGGUGCGUCGGGAACAUCUCAAUGAAUGUCUGGAGGAAUUGACUGGCAGGGCCAUCAGCGAAGUGCAGAGGAUGGAGCCCAGGGAGUUCCAAAUUAAGAUCACUGAGCUCCAGACAGAAGCGUUGUUGACCAGACAGUUGAAAGAACAGUUGAAGAUCAAGAAGAAGGGUUGUUUCAGUGCUGCUAGCAUUCAGCUCUCGUGUCGAGGCUGUUUUGUGCUCGUGGCCUUCGGCAAUGACAUUAAAGUCAUUGAAAACGCACACCAUGUCAACAUCAACCCUGACUUUGAGAGGUACUAUAAAACCAAUGGGCAGACACUUCUGAAGACUUUUGAGGACUGGGAGCCAGGCCGUGUGAUCAGCUGUGCUGCCUGUGGCAAGCAAUGGGGAAUGGAAAUGGUAUAUAAGGAGAUUGCCCUGCUGCCCAUUCUGGCCAUCAAGAACUUUGCCAUGGAGACUCCAGAGGGAAGAAAACUAGCCAAGAAUUGGAAGGACGUUGAGUUUACAGUGGAGGAGUUUAACUUCACCACAUACUGUAAUAACAAGUUCCCUGGCAUGUUCGAUUGAUACACUAUUACACUGGAAGAAGGACUACAACUGGUGUUUUCAUGGUUUUCACCUUUCUCUUCCUUUCUCUCUCUGUCUCUCAGUCUGUGUUGCUUAGUCUAGGCUACUUGUGUGUUCCUUAUGCAUGAUCCUGAAGUGUGUCAUAGUCCUAUGACGGGGGGAGAGAUUGCUGUGCCUUGGGUAUGGUUGGUCCGGUAAAUCAGGUCUGGCCGGCACACUGCUAUAGGCGGUGUGACGCGGCAGCGUGCUAAAGCAUGUUACACAAUGUUCAGGGUUAGAAUUAGCGCGACAGCUUUGUUUAUGCCCAAGGUCCUCUCUCCCUCCCUCUCUCACCAGAGACGUGUGGGUUUCUUCUGCUCCAUCGCAGCCAAGCACGCAAAAACAUAUGAACUUAGCAGCCCUGUUCUAAGAUGAACUCAAAUUAUCAGUUUUUCUAUUUUUAGCAAAGUACUAUCAGCAUCGUCCAUAUUUUGUCAUGAAUUUGAUUUAGUGUGAAUCUGUACUGUCUUUGUUUUAGCUUGAACCUGAAACGUAUGCCCCCGCCCCGAUACUGCCUGAUACUUGCUGCUACUUGAUCAUGUAUGAAAACAUUCAAAUUGGGAUUUCAAAAUAUUUUUAUUAUACAGACAUACUAUUUUAAUGUGUUCAGAACUGUGUGCCUUUCCUUGCCUAAAACAAUUUAAAUUGUUCUACUGUAAUUACUUUUUUAUUCUUGAUAAAUAAUUUGACAUUA